AUGUCGGCUACUUUCGGUUCUUCUGAUCGCGCUGAAAAGUCUGGUGUUGCUUUGGAGGCUCAACAAAAAGUUCAUGAUAAAUAUGACACUGAAUUGGCUGCGGAUAUUUUGAAAUGGGUUCAGGUUUGUUAACUUUAAACUUUACUUUAACUUUAAAACUUUAAAAACUUUAAAAAUCAAUAGAAUUUUGUUUUGAUAAAAUCAGGUUUUAUGAUGAAAUUUUUUUAGUCCGUUACCGGACAAGCAAUCAAUACUUCUGGAGAUGCCAAUAACUUCAUUGAACUUUUCCGCGACGGAUCUCUUCUCUGCACGUGAGUUUUUUUUAAAUUUUUGUUAUGAUCAAUUUACAAUACUGAAAAUGUUCAGUCUCGCCAAUUCGCUCAAGUCUGGCUCUGUCAAAAAAAUCAAUACAUCGGCAAUGGCUUUCAAGAAAAUGGAAAAUAUUUCAUUCUUCCUUCAAUUUGCUGAACAAUUUGUUCAUAAGACAGAACUUUUCCAGGUUUGUGUUCUAGUAAAUAAUUAAAUAUAAUUGGAAAAUUAACUAUUAUUUCAGACUGUUGAUUUGUAUGAAGGACAAGAUCCAAAUGCAGUUUUGAUUUGCUUGGCUUCUUUGGCUCGAAAAUCAGCCAAGAAUUUCGGACAUGAAGGACUUGGACCAAAAGAAGCAGAAGCUGAAAAGAGAGAAUGGUCGGAAGAACAAUUGAAAGCUGGACAAAAUGUGAUUGGACUUCAAAUGGGAAGCAACAAAGGCGCGAAUGCUUCUGGUAUGAAUUUUGGAAACACUCGCCAUAUGUAA